AUGGUGGCAGGAGCUGGCAUAGCCAUCGGAGCGGCUGCUGUUCGGCGCCAAGAAUUGACUGGGAAGAGAGGAGUCGCAUCGUUGAUGCAAAAUAAGAAGGCUUUCUUCAUCGCCGUCUUUGCAUCCUUCGAACGUCUCCUGUAUGGCUACCAGCAAGGCGUACUGGGGCAGGCUCUAGUCAUGCCAGGCUUCGUGAGAAUCUAUUGA